AUGUCACAUGAGGGUCUAGAACCAGAUUAUAAAAUAUUCAAAGAUUCAUGGAUUUAUAGCAUUGAUAAAAAUAAUGUUCUAGAGUCUAUAGAAGAUAUAAAUGGAAUUACUUUAUUUUGUAAAAAUAAUGAACCUAAGAAAAUACAUUGGAACAAUGAUUUAUCUAAUCUUUGUGAAAAUUUUGUAAAAUAUUAUACAUAUAUAUCUGAAGGUGAAGAAGGAAAACUAAUUAAAUGUGAUAAUAAUGAUAAUAAAUGUUACAAAUGGUUGAAUUAUUGGUUAAAUGAUAAAUUAAGGAAAUUGAAUACUAAUGAAAAUCAAAGAAAAACAUUUUAUGAAAUUUUGGAAACAAUGCAGGAAGAUUUAUAUAUAGAAGAUCUUAUAAACAAUAAUAUACUAUAUUUAAUAGAAGACAGAUAUUUUAACAAUAUGAGUUUGAUAAACAGAUUGUAUGAUACUUAUUAUAAAAUUUUCGGAAUAAAUGGUAAUGUCUAUGACGAACAGAAAUGCUCCUCAUACGCUAAACUUUGCUACGAUGAAUAUAAAAAUAGUUUGUUAAAGUGCUAUAAAAAUGGCUUUAAUGAUAAAAAAUUUUGUGAUGCAUUAAAAGAAUUUAGAUGCUUAUAUGAAAAAAGUAAAUCUGAAAAAGUAUUAAUGAAUAGUGUACAACCAGAAUCUUUUCAUUUAAAAAGUGAAGAUUCAGGUACUGUGGAUAAAGAAAAUAUUUUACAAAAAAAGUGUGAAGUUUUUAACAAUAUAAGCUCAUUUGAAUAUUCUACUAAAUUUUAUAAAUAUGAUAAAGAUCAAAAAAAGAUAGAGAUGAAAAAUAUGAUCAAUGACUUUUAUAAAUGCUAUGGGGAAAUUGAACGCACUGAUCCUAAUACUGCAUUGGGUUAUCGUAGACAUUUUAGGUUAUUUAUUUAUGAAUAUAUUAAUCUAUAUAAUGAAAUUAAAAGCGAGUGUUCUUCUAAUGAAGAAUUAAAAAAACAUGAGGGAAUUUGUUCUUACUACAAUAUACAUAAAACUUCAUAUGUAGAAGACGAUAAUAUUCAUUUUGCAAAAUGGGAAAAAUUACAAGAGCAGAAGACAUAUAAUCAAUCAAGGACAUCAAAAAUUUUACCUGUUUCGAAUAUUGAUGAUUAUCACACAAUUAAGGCUAAUUUUAUAACACCAUUUUGUUUAACUGUUGGAAUAUUUAUUAUUUUAUUAUGUUUGUAUAAGUUUACUCCUUUAGGUUCUAAAUUUCGUUCUCUCCUUAUAUACAAAAGAACUAGAAAAAAUGAAGAAAAUGAAAUUAAUAUACCUUUUUCAUCGAUACCGAUGAACGGGAUUAGAAAUCGUUAUAAAGAACGGCAAAGUAUAUUAUAUCAUUUCUAG